CUGCUCGCCGAGCUGCGCGCGCACGAGGACGCGGAGCCGUUCGCCGUGCCGGUGGACGCGCGGUACGCGCCGGAUUACUACGCGGUGAUCGAGCGGCCGAUCGACGUGGCGACGAUGCGCGCGCGCGCCGGCGCGAGCGCGUACGCGAGCAAGGACGCGUUCGCGGAGGAUCUGGCGCUGAUGGAGGCGAACGCGGUGGCGUACAACGGCGCGGGGUCGACGGUGGCGAAAAUGGCGCGCGCGGUG